AUGUGGUGCGGGGGGAGGAAAGCGAGGGGGACCAGAAGCGGAGACUCCCCUCCCUCUCGCCCCCCUGCCCCCCCCUGUCGCCGGGCACCCCCUCCCGGGGCCCGCGUCGUCGGAGGCAGCCGGCGUGUGCCUGGGGCAGCGGGUCACGAGGCUCCGCCCCCGGCCGCCCGGUCCCGGGGGACGCACUUUGUUCAGGAUGCCGCCUCCCCGCUCAUUGUGGGGCCGGGGCCGCCGGCGGCCCUAGUGCGAGCGCGCAACCGGAGCGCGCGGCGGACGGCGAUCCCAGUGCGAGGGGCGGACCCGGCCGAGGACCCGGGAGAAACUUUCUUAUCGCGAGGAGAGCGCGCCCGGCCCGGCGCCGCGCGGGGGAUGCGCGACUGUGCGCGGCGGCGGCGCGGACCGGGACCCGGAGCCGGAGCGGGCAGGCGCGCGGUCCCUCAACAACCGCCCCCGUGUCAGAGAUGGUCGUUCCAGAUGGAGAGACGAACGGAUUCCUGGUCAUCACGAGGCUCAGGGGGCACCCAGAUCAAGCUCUGCGUGAGCCUCGUUUUCUCCAGUUCGUGGUUCUCCCUCUUUGCUGCACCUUAG